AUGUCUGAAAAGGAAGAUUCUGGCCACGAAAAGGAACCAGUAUUCCAAAAUCGAAACCCUCCACGUGCUUGGAUGACCACAUCAGAAUUCAUCGACAGGAACGACGGCAAGCUCCUAGAGCAUUAUCUUCGCACCAAUAAUUCCACAGCUUUGCAGCAGAUCAGACCAUGUUUGUCAGGUGAAGGGAAGGUGACUACUCCAAUGAUGGUUGCCGACCUUGGUUCCUCCAUCGACUUCUUGCAAGCUCCGAGGGAGAAUCCUUCGUUAUGCGGAGGUUAUGGCAGUUACCUUCCCCUUGUUGUACUUCAGGCUCAUCUGUGUAGGUAA